UUGCCAAUGUACUGAAAUGGGUGAAGGAAAUGAAGGAUAUGGAAGAGGAAUUGAAUGAUAAAAUGAGCUUUUUAGGUGAGUUUGAAACAGCCUUCAAAGAAGAAAUUCAUACAGAUAUCCUAGUAAAGCCUGGAAACAAUGGACCUCCUAUUCCUGCUCACAGAGCAUUAUUGGCAGCAAAAUCAGAGAUCUUCAAAAACAUGUUAGACUCAGAUGAUUGCAAAGAAGCACCCAAUGAAGCCAUAACUCUACCAGAACUCAACCACGACGAGCUAGAAUCCCUCCUUAAGUUCCUCUACUCCGGGAGCUUGCCCAUCGAAAAGGUCGAAAAGCACGUGUACUCGCUAUCAGUAGCAGCUGAUAAGUACGAAAUACACUUCCUACAGAAAUUUUGUGAUCGACAAAUGCUGAAUUCUCUUAGUUCAUCCAAUGCCCUAGACAUUCUAGAGAUUUCAGAUGUUUGUUCUAACUUAACGUUAAAAGAUACUGCCUUGAAUUUUAUUGUGAGAAACAUGGAGGAUAUAGUCUUUUCCUCUAAGUUUGAGUCCUUUGCUUUGAAGAAUCCACAUUUAAGUGUACAAAUUACUAGGGCUUCUUUGAUGGAUAUCAAAAAUAGGAGAAAUGCAAUUUAAAUUACAAAGGAGUAAAAUUAUUAUUAUUAUUAUUAAAAAGAAACGCAAAGAAGAUUCUUGAUCAAUUUUUCCUCUCCUAUAUUAUAUGGAGAAGGUGGUAGUAAUAUUGAACUUCUUGUAUAUUUUCAUUUCGAGAUAAACUGUCAUUGUGUUAUUAUUGUAAUUUAUUAAGCUUCUAAUAAAUUUAUUGAAACC